AGGAAGAGUCAUCGCUGUCAUGGUCGCAGUUAAAGAGGGUGGUCAGAGUCAGAACUCUCCCUUAAGCAACCUUCCAAAUUUUAUUGAUACAUUUCUGUUUCCCAAGAUCCACCCACCACUCUCUUCCUCAUUUUCGCAAGAAUCUAAACCACAUCUCAUCCUCUUAAUGUCCUAAAACGCCACGAUUCUUGCAAUGUGUUGUUGACUCUGAUCUCAUAUCGUCAUGGGGAAAAAGACCGGCUCUUCGUCUUCUUCCUGGCUCACCGCCGUUAAACGAGCUUUCCGAUCUCCGACCAAGAAAGAACAUAACAACAACAAUGCUCACUGCAAUGAAGCUGAGGAAGACGAUGACAAGAAGAGAGAGAAGAGACGGUGGUUAUUCAGAAAAACAACGAAUCACAACUCUCCGGCGAAGACCACCGACAUUUUAAAAGACGGGUCUGCUCCGAAACACAUGGAAACGGAGACGAUCAACACAAACGCUUCAUCCUCUGUUUCAGAACAGAGAAACGCCGCACAACCACCGCCCGCCACCGUCUCCGUCUCACGGGAAACUCCUCCGGAGACGGCGGAGUUACCAAACCACAGAAGGCUGACUUACUCACCGAGAGAAAACUACGCAGCUAUCAUCGUACAAACUUGUUUCAGAGGUUAUCUGGCAAGACGAGCGUUAAGAGCAUUGAAAGGAUUAGUGAAGCUACAAGCACUAGUGAGAGGUCACAACGUUCGGAAACAAGCUAAGAUGACGUUGAGGUGUAUGCAAGCUCUGGUCCGAGUCCAGUCACGUGUUCUCGACCAACGUAAACGCUUGUCUCAUGAUGGUACUCGCAAGUCUGCCUUCAGUGACACUCACAGUGUUCUCGAAUCUCGUUAUCUUCAAGACUUUUCAGACAGAAGAUCCAUGUCAAGAGAAGGAAGUAGCAUUGCUGAGGAUUGGGAGGAGCGACCACAAACGAUUCAAGAAGUCAAAGCAAUGUUGCAAGAAAGGCGAGACAAUAGUUUAUCAAAAGCCUUCUCUCAGCAGAUUAGGAGAACCAGAGGUAGUCAAUCUAUAGGAGAAGAGGAAGAGGAAGAAGAGCAACCAAAGUGGUUAGACCGGUGGAUGUCAUCUAAACCAUGGGAUAAACGAGCUUCAACGGAUCAAAGACCACCGGUUUACAAAACCGUUGAAAUCGAUACGGCUCAACCGUAUUUAACCCGUGCUUAUUCAAGAACCGGUGCAAGUCCUAGCCGUAGCCAAAGGCCUGACACACCAUCAAGAACCAGCCACCAUCACAACCAACAACAUAGUUUCUCAUCAGCUACACCGUCUCCCGCUAAAUCAAGACCGGUACAAAUCCGGUCCGCUAGUCCACGGAUCCAAAGAGAUGACCGGUCAGCUUACAGUUACACAUCAAACACACCUAGCUUGAGGUCUAACUAUAGUUUCACCGCAAGAAGUGGCUACAGCGUUUGUACCACCACUACAUUGCCGAACUACAUGGCCAUCACGGAAUCAGCAAAGGCGAGAAUCCGAUCACAGAGUGCACCUAGGCAACGACCUCUGACACCUGAGAAAGAUCGUGCCGGGUCAGCUAGGAAACGGCUCUCGUAUCCGGUUCCAAUACAGCCACCUGUGGAGGUUGGAGGAGGGUAUUGUGGUGAUGGUAGCAGUCAGAGUUUAAGGAGUCCAAGUCUUAAGAGUAUCGGUGGUUCACAGUUGGGUGCAUUGGAGCAACAGUCAAACUACUCUUCUUGCUAUACUGAGUCUGUUGGUGGUGGUGGAGAGAUCUCACCUGCUUCUACUAGUGAUUAUAGAAAAUGGUUAAGAUGAUGAUAAGGAAAAUCUAACGGUCGUGAUUUUUUUCCUUACUCGUUUUAAAAUAGUUUUUUCGGAUAUAUAUAAAUAAUAUUUUGACUAAGAUCAGGACGAUGACUUUUCUUUUAGUUUUGUAUUGAUGACCUUUAAUAUUGGUGUGUAAUGUGUGAUUUUGUGUGUUUCUGAGUAUCUUUUCGAUGAUUGGAAAUGUAAUCUUUUGUUUUGUCGGUCUGGAAAAUGUAAUCUUGUUACUAAUUUUGGUAAUAUAAACACAAUUUCAGAGUUUUCUAUAAAA